CUUGGGGUCCUUUUCGUUGCACGAGGACACCCUCAUGCCUCUGUGGCCGUUGUGUCUUCCACUUUCUUCUUCUUAAAUCUCAUUUAAAACUCAUUUCGGGAUGGACACUGAUACACAUAUAACCCCAGCCGCUGCCGCUGCCGUGGAGAGUAAAGAGGAGGCGGAUUCUUUCACAAAGGUAAAAAAUAAAAAGACUCAGAAACGAAAACGUGAACAAGAUGGAGUGGACAUGGACACAGAAGAGCCCGUGGCCAGCAAGCGACCGCAGUUCCCCCCGAUAUCAGGCGACAAGUUAAAGGGACCAGAUGAGAUGCGCAAGAUCGCUGUCCCAGCUCACAGAUACACCCCGCUGAAGGAGAACUGGCUGAAGAUUUUCACCCCCAUUGUAGAGAACUUACAGCUUCAAGUUAGAUUCAACCUCAAAACGAGGAAUGUUGAAAUUAAAACAUGCAAAGACACACAGGACAUCGGCUCACUGACAAAGGCGACAGAUUUUGUUAGAGCGUUUGUUCUAGGAUUCCAGGUCGAAGACGCCCUAGCUCUCAUCAGAUUAGACGAGCUUUUCCUGGAAAGCUUUGAUGUGACAGACGUGAAACCUCUGAAGGGAGACCACUUAUCCAGAGCCAUCGGAAGAAUAGCAGGGAAGGGAGGAAAAACCAAAUUCACCAUUGAAAACGUCACAAAGACUCGCAUUGUGCUUGCAGACGCAAAAGUUCACAUAUUAGGGUCUUUCCAGAAUAUCAAGAUGGCCCGGACGGCGAUAUGUAACUUAAUCUUAGGAAGUCCACCUUCAAAGGUCUACGGCAACAUCAGGGUGGUGGCUAGCCGGACUGCGGAGAGAUUUUGAAAUCUUACUGGCUGCUGUGCGUAUUUAUCUUUUCCCCCGUUGGCUGGUGGAAUUCCCAUUUUGAUCUGUGUUGAAGAGUUAAACCUUUUUGGACCCACACCUCAGGUUCCUCUAUCAUGGCCUCAUGUUUAAGGCAGUCACCUGGUUGUAACAUGUUAGGCUAAAUGGUGAUUCAUGCAAUUAUCUGUAAGCACAGAGAGUUUGUGUAAAUAAAUAAUUUCAAUUCCCACUUA